CAUCUCACCUAAAAGAACCAUUUGUUCAAUCAUCACUGAGAGACUACGCUGGGUUAAUGUAGAAAAGGUCUGCUUUAUUACAUCUUAUUCGCGUAUUUUUCGUAUAUUGUAAGUAAUUAUAGAGAUUGUAAAAUGCGGUGUGGUAUUUGCUCAGCUGUAAGUAUAGAGAGUUUUUAAAUUUGCAGUUAUUUAAAUAAAAAGAUAGACCUGAUCAGUGACAGCUUCCCAUAAUGUCUUACCAAUGGUCUUAUCAAAAUUAAAAUGAAAAUGGUUUCAGCUCCUCUGCUGUGAAUGUAGGCUGCAUACUGCAAAUGAAGGGGGAAAAAAGCUUUUAUUGACUGAAUAAGAGAAUCUGAGGACACUUCAACAUGACCCUGUCAGAUUUUCUGGGAGCCCUAAAGGACAACCCUUACUUUGGGGCAGGAUUUGGAUUAGUUGGUGUUGGCACAGCACUUGCAGUUGCCAGAAAAGGUGCACAGGUCGGCAUGAUCUUCUUCAGAAGACAUUACAUGAUCACGCUGGAGGUCCCAAGCAGAGAUAAAAGUUACCACUGGCUCUUAAGCUGGAUCACUAAACAUGCCAAACACACCCAGCAUCUGAGUGUAGAGACCUCGUACAUGCAGCAUGAGAGUGGACGAGUCCAUACACAGUUCGACUUCCAUCCGAGUCCAGGGAACCACAUCAUUUGGUAUGGCAGGAAGUGGAUCAGAGUGGAGAGGACCAGAGAGAAGCAGAUGGUGGACUUGCACACUGGAACGCCCUGGGAGUCCGUCACCUUCACUGCUCUGGGCAGAGACCGGCAGUUAUUCUUCAACAUACUUCAAGAAGCACGUGAACUUGCUUUAAAGCAGGAAGAGGGCCGUACUGUGAUGUACACCGCACUCGGAGCAGAGUGGAGGCCGUUCGGGUUUCCUAGGCGAAGACGACCUCUGUCUUCAGUAGUGUUGGAGAAUGGUGUGGCGGAGAGGAUAGUGGAUGAUGUGAAGGAGUUCAUUGGCAAUCCUAAGUGGUACACUGACAGAGGCAUUCCAUAUAGGAGAGGAUAUCUGCUGUAUGGACCCCCGGGCUGUGGAAAAAGCAGCUUCAUAACUGCAUUAGCAGGCGAGCUGGGAUACAGCAUCUGCCUGAUGAGUCUCAGCGACCGCAGCCUGUCUGACGAUCGCCUCAACCACCUGCUGAGCGUGGCUCCACAGCAAAGCAUCAUCCUGCUCGAGGAUGUGGAUGCAGCCUUCGUCAGCCGAGAGCUGCUGCCUACGGAGAAUCCACUGGCCUAUCAGGGCAUGGGUAGACUUACUUUCAGUGGACUUCUGAAUGCUCUGGAUGGAGUGGCAUCUUCAGAGGCCCGAAUUGUGUUCAUGACAACUAAUUUCAUUGAGAGACUUGAUGCGGCACUUGUCCGCCCUGGCCGUGUUGAUAUGAAGCAGUAUGUGGGCUGCUGCUCUCACUGGCAGCUGACUCAGAUGUUCCGGAGGUUUUACCCUCAGGAGUCCGCAGCUGAGGCAGAGCGGUUUGCAGAGCAAGCGCUGGUAGCACACACAGAGCUCAGCGCCGCUCAGGUGCAAGGACACUUCAUGCUCUACAAGACAGACCCUGCUGGCUCCAUCAAAAACAUUUCAGAGAUGAAGGUGUGAAUACUAUACAGACAGUACAGACUUUUGUAUAAUGCAGACUGACCCAGCGGGCGAGUUAUAAACAGAAUUAAUGAAUCAUUCUUUGAAAUUUACACCUGGAUGAAGGGUCUUCACACACUGGAGUAAUAAAAUCUAAAAUAAUUGUGAAAAUUUGUCUAUUUCUUCAAUUGUUGCUGUUAUUGGUUAAGCAACAACAGAUGCACUGUUUAUUACACAUCGUCUUUUCUGUGAUUUACAGGAAUGUGUUUCUCUUGCAGAUGACCAGUAAAUUAUUGUCUUCCUGAGA